AUGGCGGCGCGGGAGCGCGCUGCAGCAGAGGCCAGCAUCGAGGCGCUCACGGCCAAGUGGCAGCCGCACUGGGACGCCCUGGUCGCGGCCCAGCUGGAGCCCGCUCCCACCCAGGGCAAGGCGUACGUGCUGCCCAUGUUCCCCUACCCCUCGGGCACCCUGCACCUCGGCCACCUGCGCGUCUACACCAUCUCCGACGUCCUGGCCCGCUUCAAGCGCAUGCAGGGCUACCGCGUCCUGCACCCCAUCGGCUGGGACGCCUUUGGCCUGCCCGCGGAGAACGCGGCGAUGGAGCGCGGCCUGCAUCCGGAGAAGUGGACGCUGCAGAACAUCGCCGCCAUGAAGGCCCAGAUGAAGCUCAUGGGCGGCCGCUGGGACUGGGACUGCGAGAUUCGAACGUGCGACCCCGCCUUCUACAAGCACACCCAGCGCCUCUUCCUCAUGCUCCACCACCGCGGCCUCGCCUACCAGGCCGAAUCCCUCGUCAACUACGAUCCCGUCGACAAGACGGUCCUCGCAAACGAACAGGUCGACGCCCAUGGCUGCUCCUGGCGCUCCGGCGCAAAGGUCGAGAAGCGCAUGCUCAAGCAGUGGUUCCUGAACAUCAAGCACUUCCAGGAGCCCUUGCUCAACGACCUCACCACCCUCGCCGAGAACGGAAGAUGGCCGGACAAGGUGCUGGCCAUGCAGAAGAACUGGAUUGGCAGGUCCGAGGGCACGAGGCUCUGGUUCGACGUCGAGGCUCACCGCCGUCACGUGCAACUCGACCCCGUCGACGUCUUCACCACACGCCCCGACACCUUGUUCGGCGUCCAGUACAUCGCCCUCUCGCUGACCCACCCCAUUGUCCACCGUCUGGCCCCACACGACGAUGCCCUGAGAGCUUUCAUCUCACGCGCAAAGCACCUGCCGCUCGACACCAAACAAGGCUACCGUCUUCCACACGUCCUCGCCCGCAACCCACUCGCUCAAGUCACAGGCGCCACCGACUCCGCCAUUCCCAUCUACGUCGCCCCCUACGUCCUGGACGACUACGGCUCCGGCGCCGUCAUGGGCGUGCCAGGCCACGACGCCCGCGACCACGCCUUCUGGACAACCAACGCUGGAGAGGAGCCCAUCAAGGUGGUCAUCACUGCCAGAGCAGGCGCCCCUCCUCGGCCACUGCACCCUGGCAGCAAAGACGAUCAGAUCCUGACCGCCAGAGGCUUCCUCGCCCCUGAUGUUCCCGAGUUUGCAAACAUGCCCUCGAAGCAGGCCGCAAAGCUCAUGGUCAAGAAGCUUCAAGCGUCCGGCAAGCGUGCAGAGCAGACUGCCCACUGGCGCCUGCGCGACUGGCUCGUCAGUCGACAGCGGUACUGGGGCACGCCCAUCCCCAUCAUCCAUUGCCCAUCCUGUGGCCCGGUACCUGUUCCGGACGCCCAUCUGCCUGUGGAGCUGCCCCAUCUUCCCGACAGCUUCUUCCGAGGAAGAUCGGGUAAUCCCCUCGACGACGACGAGCACUGGAAGAAGACGUCGUGUCCGAAAUGUGCCUCGCCAGCCCAACGCGAAACCGACACCAUGGACACCUUCAUGGACUCGUCCUGGUACUUCUUCAGGUUCUUGGACCCCAACAACACGUCGUCGAUCGUGAGUCCCCAAAAGGCGGACAGAGGCAUGUCCGUCGAUCUCUAUGUCGGCGGUGUCGAGCACGCCAUCCUGCACCUUCUGUACGCUCGCUUCAUCUCAAAGUUCCUGGCUACAACGCCCUUGUGGCCAGCAGGGCGCUUGGUCAACGGCGAGCCUUUCAACCAGCUCAUCACCCAAGGCAUGGUGCACGGCGAAACCUUUACCGAUCCUGAGAACGGACGCUUCUUGAAGCCUGACCAAGUCGACACAACGUCCCGAAACCACCCCAAAAUCAAAGCCAGCGGCCUGACUCCAAACGUCAGCUUCGAGAAGAUGUCAAAGAGCAAGUACAACGGUGUCGAUCCCGCUGCCACCAUCGCCAGAUACGGCGCCGACGCCACACGCGCCCACAUGCUGUUCCAGGCGCCCGUCACGGACGUCCUGGAGUGGGACGAGAAGAAGAUUACAGGUGUCCAGCGCUGGCUCCAUCGCGUACUUCGACUGUCGAGCGCACUGUGGUUUCCCGAUGAGGAGUUGGAAAAGUUCAGAGUCCCACAAAACGUCGACGAAGACACCUACGAGAUUGUGGCGCGUUACCAUCGGAAUGCAGGAAGGACGGGAACCACCCCAACCACGCAAUCAGAGCUCAUCGCUGCCCUCCAUGCCGACGAAGCGAAGCUGUGGUCCAAGACCCAGCAGACCAUUGCCAGCGUCACCGAGUCCUACUCUCACUCCUACUCGAUGAACACCAUCGUUAGCGACCUGAUGACGUUGACCAACACCAUCUGGGACGCCCCACACUCUUCCCGGCUCAUGGGCUGGCUGAAGUGGUCGGCUACCGUGCACCUGAUCCGCAUGGUUGCCCCAAUCGCUCCGGGAGUCGCUGAAGAAGCAUGGCACAACCUGUACCACCACACCUGUCGUCCUAGCGAGCGGAGCAACAUGGUCCCGUCGGUUUUUGCACAUGGCUUUCCUACCGCGCAUGUCGACAUCAUUCCCCACCUCAACCCCACGACUACCUGCGUCGUCCAGGUAGACGGCAAGCGAAAGUUUCAAGUCGAGAUCCAAAAAGCACCCCCCGUACGCCCGCAAGGUGAGACGGCAACACGCGCUCUCGACGUCGUACACCAGGUGUCCCAAACGCCCAAAGGCCAAGAAUGGCUCGCGAGAGACACGGGCAAGCUGUGGUCCAUGAGCGAAACCAAAGAGUCCCAUCCCAAGCAUCCAGCCAUGCCCAGCGACUGGAAGGCCAUCGUCGUCGGCCACAAACUCGUCAACUUCGUCAGCCCCAAGCCGCCCAGAGUGGAAAAUUCGGCCUCGGAAGCAGCUACCCAGCCUCGCGAAUGA